CUCUAACCUGUGCCGGGGCGAACCCAUCAAUUACGAGAGCCUCUCCGGCGCAGGUUAGCUUAGUUCUACCUCACGGCGCACGAUAGAUCGACCAAGCGUCUCACAGGUUAGCGUGUCGAUUCCGAUCGAGAUUUUAGUGGCGAAAAUGGAGCAUGAUCGAUCGAAGAUUGAGGAGGUGGCGCAGGAGACGAUGGAGAAACCAUUGAGACUCACGAUCCACGGAGGUCGCUAUUAAUUAUUGGGGAUUUCUCUGUUCUCUCCAAGCAUUGAGGUCAAUCUCGCUUAUACGAAGUUAGCUCCAAGGUUCCAUCCUGACAGAAGUGUGGAUGAUAUUGAAACUUCAGAGCAGUUUAAAGAGGUUUCUAAUUCCUACGACAUUUUAUCUGACCGAGACGGAAGAAGAUGCUAUGAUAAUGGCGAAUUGAGAAUUUUUCCAAAUCCGGACACUACCUUUUCACACCCGGCUUUUUACACGCACCCUGUCGAUAUAUACUGAUCCUAUUGGUUCCAUUCCAUGUGUGCAUAUAUCUGUAUUGCAUGUAUAUGGAUGGAUAUAUAUAGAUAAGGGCACGUACGGUGGUAUAUCCAAGUGGUACUCCGUCCAUCACCAUGUCCUUUCUCUCCUCCUCCAACUCCCGCUCGUACAGCGGCGUGGGUGAGGCGCGCAACGGCCAGCGCCGCAGCGAGUGCUUCGCCAGGUUCUACGAGAACUGGCUCGCCGAGCAGGAGCGCGACCUUGCGGACCUCCGCUCCGCCGCCGCCGCCGCCGCCGCCCGGGGGGGCGGCGAAGAGGAGGAGGAUGGGGGGGGUCGUCGGCCACUGCAGAAUUUAGUCGACAGGGUGGUGGGCCACUACGAGUACUACUACCGCGCCAAGGCGGCGUCGGCGCGCCGCGACGUGCUCCCGAUGUUCUCGCCGACGUGGACGAGCUCGACGGAGAACCUCUUCACCUGGGUCGGCGGGUGGCGGCCCAGCACCGCCAUCCAGCUGCUCUACUCCAAGUCCGGCCUCCAGCUCGAGGCCCGGCUCUCCAACAUCAUCCGGGCUCUGCCCUCGCCGGACCUGGCGGGCCUCUCGCCGGCCCAGCUGGAGCGGGUCGACCGGCUGCACCGGCGCACCGUGCGCCGCGAGAGAGAGAUCGCCGAGGACGAGGCGGCGGUGCAGGAGGCGGUGGCGGAGGCGAGGAUGUUGGAGAUCGCGCAGGCGAUGAGAGGGUCGGAGGGGACGGAGGCGGCGGUCGGGGAAAUGAGGGGGCAGAUGUCGGGGAAGGAGGAGGGGAUGGAGAGGGUCCUGGAGAUGGCGGACGAGCUCAGAGUGGAGACCAUCAAGGGGCUGGUGGAGAUAUUGGAGCCGAUCCAGGCCGUGCAUUUCCUCAUCGCCGCCGCCGAGCUGCAGCUCGCCGUGCGUCAGUUCGGGAUGCGGAAGGACGCCGAGGCCGCAGCGUCUGUCGCAAACGGGGAGAGAGAGCCCCAUCUGACGACGGUGAUCAGGCCGGCGACUUAAUUGGGUGGGUGUCGCCGAGCUUUAUAAUAUUCAGUCUUGCAUUAUGCACUGCUUACUUUCCUUCCUGCCGUUAGGUUUCACUCAGAAGUAAUAUUUUCGUUCCAGUUUUAAAGUGUUAGUCUUGGUUAGGCGUGUAUCUCUCUCUCUCUCUCUUUUCUAAAUGCAUGCUUCGUCUUAUGGCAGUGGUUGUGCUAACUUUUGUCUGUUCCCGUUAGUAGUGCUUGAACUAAAAUACAACGGGGACAAAAUCUUUCUCUGCGGUGGCCUAGUGCCUACCUAAAGCUACCGUCUUUGAAUUUUGAGGCUGAUUUCAAUUUCACCUUUCCAACUGUAAUCACCGUGUUUGCUUUUUUAAUGUCUCCAGUUUCUCCAAAA